AUGUUCAAAAGAUCGCUAACUGAUGUGUUGCAGCGACGAUAUAAAGAGCACUGGUUUCCUGAAAAGCCCACCAGAGGCUCCGGCUACCGGUGUCUUCGCAUAAAUGGUAAAAUGGAUCCUGUGAUCGCGCAAGCUGGCAUUGCUGUUGGACUGAGUGCGUCGUUUUUGCAUAGCUUGUUUCCGUCUGAGUUGACUAUGUGGAUCGACCCGUGCGAGGUGUCGUACAGGAUUGGAGAGAAUGGCUCCAUCUGUGUGCUGUACGAGACUGACGCUGCAGUUGAAGAACCUGAGAGUACAAAUACAGCUGAUAAUUCCAACUCUUCUUCAGGGUGCAAAGAAUCUCUACGGAACAUCUACCACCUGGAUGCCCGUGGAGUGCAGCGGUUCGAGCAACUCGCUGCGUACGUGUCUAGUUGA